CCGGCUUGCUCCCUGCCCACUCCCACGGGGACGUUCCGUGCAGCGGCCGCCGCUUCUUUCACAGUUUAGUUAGGAGCCGCGCGCCGCGCUCAGUUACUGGAGAGCUGGCCGCGCGCCGCCGCCUCCCGCACGCACGCACGCGGGCCGGGCUUCGGGGGUUUCGGCUCUUACUCCCGGCGUCUGGGAGGAGGGGGAGACCCGGACUCACUGUGGGGAGGAGGAGGAAGAGGAGGAGAAGGGAGGAAGAAAACAAGCGAGGAGGAUCCGGGCGGGGGGCGGGAGGCUUACCACCUUCAGCCCCCCCCGCGAGCGCCCAAGCCCUGGCAGCAUCCACCUAUAAUCUGUGAUCUUGGGAACAUUUCGGUACAGGUGCGCACAUUUUGACCGACUGAGCAAGAAGGUGGAUUUUCCUUGUGUCGAAAGAGAAGAAAAUGUCCCCGUGUCUGUAGAGAUGCUUUGCAGUUCAGCCCGGCUGAAGCUGACCGAAUGAGACUAUGGGCUGUGCCUCUGCGAAGCAUGUUGCCACUGUUCAAAAUGAAGAGGAAGCCCAGAAAGGGAAGAACUACCAGAAUGGAGACGUGUUUGGUGAUGAGUAUAGGAUCAAACCGGUGGAAGAGGUCAAAUACAUGAAAAAUGGGGCAGAAGAGGAGCAAAAAAUAGCAGCCAGGAACCAAGAAAACUUGGAAAAAAGUGCCAGUUCAAAUGUAAGACUUAAAACUAAUAAAGAGAUUCCGGGAUUAGUUCAUCAACCCAGAGCAAACAUGCACAUCUCUGAAAGCCAGCAAGAAUUCUUCAGAAUGCUGGAUGAAAAAAUUGAAAAGGGUCGAGAUUACUGUUCGGAAGAAGAAGAUAUCACAUAGCACCAAUUCUACCACUCAAACUGGGAGCUACUACUGUGUAAAUAGGUUACACCCCACGUUGAAAUCUUUGCAAAGGUCGGUUCUCUUCAGCGAACAGCACUAUAGCAAAAGAAGAUCGUUCCAUAUCGUAUGCCCCAUUAAAUUACAAUGUUUCUUAAUGAACUUGCAAAGGAAUAUUGCUAAAAACAAAACAAAAAAAAAACUGUUAUCGAACUUUCUUUGUUGCUGCUAGUUAAAACUUGUUGCAACUUUCCACUUCUCUCAGUGUCCAGGUCUGCAGCAAAAUUCUGCAAUUUCACCUUAAAGAUACUGUUGGUUUUACAGAUGCUCUCCAACCUAUUUUCUAUAAGAUAAGGUAGUGGUGAACUCAGAUAUCCAACUUCUGUCCUAGACCAGUUCCGCUUCUAAGACAAGCGCCUCCUUCCCUCUCUCCUCCUUCCCUGCCUUCCCCUGAGCAGUCCAAAGCCUUGCUUCUCACUGGCAGUGUCGCGCUUUGGAGAGGGGACGGUUGCUAUGGCAAAAGCCUUGUUUCUCUGUGAAGAAGAAGUAGAGACGCUGUUGUCGAUUAAAAGCAUGUUGUGACAUGACUCCUGGAGGUGACAUAGGAGCGAACGGCAGGUGGUUUCAUUUCCUGGGUCUCUUAAUCAAAGAUCAAGCUUGCAGCGUCAGUUUUGCUCCGAUGCAGACGGAAGUGUGAUCACAAUCAUUUUGAAUCCCUCUUGCCUACUUUUUUUUCUAAGAAAAUAAACAUUUUACUGUUUUUAUGUUUCCUUGUCUUCUCCCAUUCAUCCAGCUUAGUGUUUUAUGAUGAUCCUGGGUGCGGAAGACGAGCCCUCCUUAGCAAUGACUCCUCAGUGGCUCCCUACCAUCCCAUUUAUAACCCACCAAGCAUUCGCAGUGCUGACAGUGGUCAGAGGAGGUGAGGGAACGUCCCACGGCUUUUUAGGAGGGCCUGAAACCACCCUGUUAGCUUUCAUCCUGUUAGCAAAUAAACCACCCUACUUCCCUUCAAAAUGGCACGUGGGCCUUGCCACUUCCUUUCUCUUACUUGCAGCACUGGAUGGUGUGGUGAAAAGCGUUUGCCGACUAGAAAACAUAGUACAUGGACACUGGUGAUGAUAUUUGGAGAUGCGAAAGCCAAAGCCCCGGGCAGUAGUGGGGAACAUGAACUGUGGGUUUGGUAGAGUUUAUUUUUCCAUAUUCUAUGAAGAGAAUGGUCUCUUCUCAAAGACAGAAAUAAUAUUUUUAACAAAUGUUGUCACAAGUAAAAUAGCAAUCAAAAGGAGAAAAUAACUUUUGUAUAUUUUUAACAUGUUCGAUACCUUUGACGAGGGUUCUCUUUGUUACUUUCAGGGGAGGGCACCCUAUUCAGUGCCACGCCAGCCGUCCAGGUGUGGGUUUGGCCCACAAAAAGAAACACAGCAAAAGCACUGUGUGUCUCUCUGUUUGCAGGGUUGUGAACGCAAAAGGCCUCAGCAUCAGCCACACUGCCACCCUCCGAGGGUGGGUAGUUAAUACGCUCUGGGUAGUUGAGAGAUCACCUGCCACAGAAUAGAAUAAGAAGCUUAGUGUGUUCUUGCUGUGAAGAUGAGCCUUGACCUGCAAAUCCAUCCACAGAGCUGGUGGCACCACUAACGUGUUCAGGGGGAGAUUCCUUAUCUCCUUUUAGACCCGGCACACACCAAAAGUGAGGGGAGGGAAACUCAGUCAGGCACCAGAGAAAAUGGACUCAAAUGUUAGCAACAAAAGCCCUUCCUUCUUCCAGCCAGCAGCGGCAGCGAUUUGGAGGAGCAGCUGUGGUUGUUACAUAAAUAGAGACGCAGCCAAAACUUCAGGCUUUUUAUCCAGCUUCGAGCAGGAAAAACGCAGGGAGAGUUCGAGUCGCCUAGGGUUUUAUGUCCCCUCCCUUUCUAUGGUUUUUGGCCAAGUGACUAAAAUAGUUUUCCCCAACUGUAAACGAACUGCUAAGCCCCACCUUAAACUUGUGCGCCAGUGACUUGUUCACUGUUCCUAGGGUGACCUUUUCCCGAGAUUCCUUGUUCUUAUCCGGCAAGAAUGAAGCAAACACUAAACGUCUUCCAUUUCGCUCCUCUAUUUGGUGUCUCAGUGUCUUCCCAGAAAAUCACCACCUUCCACGUGGAGAUGAAACAGGCUCACAUCAUUUUUCUAACGGUCACGUUUAACAUUUUGACAUGAUACACGUGUACACAGAACCACGUGUCUCUGGGGAAUCUGAUUUUUGAGGGUUUCGUGAAACCUGAAGUGGUGUGCCCGUGAGCCAGUGGCUUUUCACCUGGAGUUCUGUCUCCCGGGUUUAACACAGGGUACCUCUUUGAUGGGCAAAAGUGAUGUCAUCUGCAGACACAUUCGGUACAUCUAGAAACAGAUCUGAGAAAUGGGGUGACGGAGCCAGUUGGCGUGAAAUACUUGACUAUGUUAGCAACGCUCAAAACUGUCUGUUUUCCAUUUGUUGGUUUUAAUCAUAAAAUUGUCAAGGGAUCUGUGUUUGUACUUUAUUUUUUUAUGCCUUCUGAAAAGGUCUCAUGCACAAACAUUUGCCUUUUUUUUCCCCUGUGUUUCUGAACAUUAAGCCCAUUGUCUUAGAUGCAGUGAAAGAAUAUUCCAGAAGCUGGUGCUUCUGCUGGCUGUCAUCUCUGAGGACUCAGGGAGAUGAAGGAAGGAGGGAGGGAAAUGGGCUGGCGGAUGGAGGUAUAGACAAAGAAUGAGAAAUGGACCGAGAGGCAUUUAGGACAGAGAAGGGCGAUGGCUGUGUGCCCGGUGCAAUUCAAAAUCCAGCUGCUUUAGUGGCCAGUGGGUGGGGCAGACUGUAGGCAAGAUUUACAGCUAGAUUACACAUGCCUUAUGGGCUCUGAGUUGUAGAAUUGUAAAAGUUCAGCAGUAUGUGCGUAGCUUUCUUUUGGUUGGCAGAGAUUCAGGAUCAUGGAGUACUGCUGUCAUAAUUGAAUGCGUGUUUGUUACUGGCAGAGAACCCUGAAAGAGGCUUUUACCUCAUGGUGCCUCCUAGCCCCAGGCUGGAGCGUAGGGUGGUGUUACGGUCUAUUUAGGACAAAGAAGGUACAAAGUCUGGAGACAGAAAACUAGGUCGGCCCUCAGACAUAGCAGCGGCCACCCACCAGCCUGCUGGGAGACAGGUCUCUCCCCGUCUGCAGUGCCCAGGGUCUGAGACGGAGCUUUGAUGCCCUGAUUGAGGAGCCUCGGCUCCUUAGUCCUCCGUGCUGGUGCCAGCCUCCUGCACCUCCGUGUCAGGGGCUCACCCAGGGUCAGAAGCAGCCAUAGCUGCAAGCUGACAGCCCCCGGGAGCAGGUCCAGGGAUGAUGGCACCCCCCUUUCGGUCCCAGUUUGAGUUAUAACUUUGUCUCCCUUACAGUCUCAUUGAGACUUAUUUUCUCUUAGGGCCACACUCUCCCAUAAGCCUGCUAAGAACAGAGAUUAUACCUCUUAUGCAGUUUACCUCAGCAGCCUAUGAGGCCCGUUGGCAUAUUGAUUAUAAGUCCUGCUUAGACACUGGGCAAGAAUUUAAAAGAGCGUUUCCAUGUCUACUGGUCUUGUCAGUAUCAUAGGAAGAAAAAUUAUCAAAUUCUUAAUCUAGGAAAAUACUGACUCUGAAUCUUGGACUCCGGGACUCUGAUAUCUUUUUUAUGAAAGGCAAAACAAUUGGUAUCUAAGGCUCUCUCCUUCCUCCUCCCAACUCCCUCAUAAAAAAAAAGGUAUCAGAUUGCACUCUAUAAUUUUACAUAAAAUCUGCCCUACAUGCUUUUCCCCCGGAAGACAUGCUCAGAGCUUUAUUUCUUUGUACGUCUCAGAAAUUAAACUUUUUGCUAAGUUUUUCUUAAAACCCUAGUAGAAGAAUAAGGCCUGGUUGGGGACAGGGACUAUAUAUUUAAGGGCAUAAUGAAAGGGUGGCUUGAAGCAGGAACAUGGCUUCUCAAUGUCAUGGGUGGAUUACUGGACCUCCCCACCUCCACUCCCGGCGCUUGUAUAAAGCCGGGUGAGGCAAUUGGCUUCCACCCUGCAAAUAUGUCCCUGCCGUAGACCUUUGGAAUUUCAUGGAUAAGGUCUAUGAAUUGCCUUUUACCAAUGAAUGGACAUGUUUUUCCAAGGGGGAAAAAAAUGCCCUUGACUUCAGUCACCUUUUUGUAUGUCUCUGGAAGAGGGUCGAAAGCUGUGGAAGAAAAUGAGGAUUGUGGGUAAACAGAUUUACUUUUGUGACAGACCUUAGGACUCUCUCACUAGCUAUGCCAUGCUUUUCAGAAGACUCUUGUACCUUAUCUGGGAUCUAAUCUAAUCUUGGGGAAAGAGGAAAAGGAACUAACAUUUAUUUUUUAAACUCCCUCUGUGUCAGAUACUGUGCUAGGCAUUUUUAUAAUUGUCUUGUCACAAUAAUCCUGGGAAGUGAAUUUAUUACCCCCGUGUUCUAAGUGGUGUAUCUUAAGUGUAGAAUUCAUAUAUUCAACAUAAAUGGCCAUGUUGAAAGAAGGAAAGAUGUCAUUCAAGUGUUUUCCUAAUUUUUUUUAUUAUUACUAUGCCCUUUGCAACGCGACACUGUGAAAACAACCCUUUGGGGGCAUCUCCCUUUUCCAGAAUCUCUCCUUGGCUCACCACCAGCUUGGUUUCCUCGUAGGGAGUGUUUUACUUGGCCUUCCUAUAUCUGAUAAGCUACACACAAACCAGGAGAGGCUAGCAGGGUGUUAGUGCCCAGAAGAGAACGGCUUUGGGAUUUUAGGCGCCUAUCUCUUUCCUUGGAAUCCUUUCCACAUGUGGAAAAGGAGGCUGGUAUCUGCAGUUAGGUAUCAGAUGUGACCAGAACAGGCUUUUGAGUACUCUGAUUUCUUUCCUGGGUCCCAAGGCUUGUUUCAUCCCAGGAUGCAUCUUUUUAAGGUGAAAAGCCUUAACCUCCGGAGAAGUUUAGGAGAAUCUGAUCUCCAAAGGUGGAGGAAAGACAAUGCCUGGACCAUUAACUUGAAAUCCUUUCUUGUGAGCUAGGGUUUGACAUCUCUUUUUGAUCUUUGGACUGGGGCCUCUGUAUUUUCCAGGCUAGUUUAAGCAUUGAAACUAGAUGUGAAUCUCUUUCAAGACCUUAAAUGUUUUAGAUAGUCAGGUAGUGACUUGGAUAGGCAUUUAACUAAUUUGUUCCUAGGUCAGAAGAGCCCAAGAAUUCCCCAGAGUUUCUCUCUUUGCUUCUAAAGGCACAACCUCUAAAGAAAAUGACUCAUGUCUCCAUGGCAACUGUUAAAGGUGCUGCCUAGAGGGGACCCGCCUCCGCCCUCACUUACUUAGCUUGAAAGAAUCAAAAGAAUUUCCUGUGUCAAGGGGGUGCUAUGUCCAGUUUUCUUAUGAAAACCGUUGCCAAGAUUCCUGCCUCUUUCUAACAUGGUAGCUGUCAAAUUCCUUCAAGAUGAUGUAGGAAAUGGCUCUUAUCUCUUCGAAGCCAGAGAAAUUGCUUUAAUUCACCAAGACUCACCCCUAAACCAAAGGCCCUAUUCUAAUACUGUCUUCCCUCUCUACUCUGAAUUCUCCCUUCUUUCCUUUCCAGGGGUUGUUUUUAGCCCAAGGCGUUGCAUCUGAUUGGGUAAGACUUAGAGGCAGUAAAAAGAACACUGUGAACUCAGCCAGAACUGCCUUAGGGGUCCCUAGGGUUGAGAAUAGCUCUAGAACCUCGGAGACCCCUGGGCUUAGACCCAGAAGUGAUAGAACAGCCCCUGGUUUCUGGCAUUUCAGUCCAGAUCUUCAGGGACUGUUCUCUCUUGACAGUCAAGUGAGCAAGGGAAGUUUCGCAGUAGAUUGCAAGCCAGCUUUUCUGUAUCUAUUUUCCUAGAGCAGAACAAGGCAGCUGCCUUAUAGGACUCUAAAUUUGGAUCAAUUUCCUAACACACACACCCCCCACAGAAAGAUACAUGGAGAAAAAAUAUAUAACUACUUUAUCAUUGAAGUACUUCAAGGAAGAGCUGCAUUUUGCCGUAUUGUAAUCUCUAAGAUAAUGCCUAGGAAAGCAUUAGUGUAAUUAUAAUACCAAACUAGGAAAACCUAGUGAUCACUCUCACGAAAGUUUGAGUUAGACUCGGAUAGGAGGAUGAAGGUCUGCUGGUCGUCUGGUCUUGUGCCCUCUCUGUGCCAGGAUGCCUGCCACUAGCAUCUUUCACUCACCUGGGCUUUAACCUGGACUCUGGCAGCCUUUCCCAACCCCAGGCACAUAUAGGACCCAUCCCUCAGGACACGUGCCAGGUCUAGCCAUAUACCCCAGCAUUUCUCACACACUCUCCCACGCAGCCAGUAUGUCCCUGACUGUGGCACUUCAGCAGCUCCACUGGGACACUGGGACACCAGCGACUGGGGUUGGGGCCCCUUCGUCUAGGUUGGCCCAGAUGUAACAUUUUUAGCAUUGCCUCUUCCAGUGUCGGGGACUCACUUAUUCAACAGAUUAUAUGGAGCACCUAGUAUACUCCAGGCACUGAGCUAAUCCCCAGCAAUACACGGUUGACCCAAGCCCAGCUCCCACCCUCAAGGAGCCCACCGUUAGUGGGGAAGACAGUGUGGGAAGUGCCACUGUAGGGAAUUACUGGGUGCCGCGGGAGGCUCUCAGAGGGGCAGCCGCCCAGCUUUGGAAAUCGGGGGCUUCCUAAAAGAGGGGACAUCAAAGCUCAAGGUUGUCAGAGGCCUGAGGGAGAGCAUUGCAAGGGGCCUUCCAGGCUGAGGGGACAGCAUGGGACUCGGCCAAAGGAGGGACAGUGUGGGUUGCCAGGGCCUGUGUGCAGAGAAGCAGCUGGAGCUAGGAGUUGAGGAGGGAGAAGAGAGGGAUGUGGCCAGGGCAAUCAGUGACCCAGCCCAGGGGGCAUAAAGAGAGCUGUAGGUGAUGCUCUGCCCCCUCUGAAGCCCACUGCUGAGGCCACCCAGAGAGAUAAGUGUGAUCCCCGUCAGGACCAGAAGUUCCCUCCGUGCUGUGGAGGUACACAGUUCCUUGCUGAGAUGAUUUACUCCUGUGUAUCCUCCACCCCUGCCCCAGCUCUUUGUCCUCUCCCCCAGAGCUGUUUGAUAUCAAGAGCUUUAACCUGGGCUGGAUUUAGAGACAUACAGGGGACAGCUCUGGGUCAUCCUGACCUGGCUGUAGAACCACCAAGGCUAAAAAUACCUCUAGGGAACAGGCCGGCCUAGACCCUGGGAUGAGGGUGCACCCUAAGAUAAAUACACGGGAAGCCGCCUAGGGCUUCCCAACUCAGGAUGUGAAGUCUUCAUUCAUUCUACCGAAGGGCAGCCUCCCUUGGACAGCCUUUCCCCGGCUUGGGUCAUACCUGGUGGCCAAGCCUCUGCUGUGUCUGCAGUGUGCACCUGUGUCCUGCCAAAGAAAGGGGAAUUAAAAAACGAAAACAAAAAAGCACACGUGGAUUGUGUGCACAUGGAAAAUACCUGCAAGCCUAGACAGCUGCCGUGAGCCUCGUGGGGACGGGGAGGCCCCUGGAGCCCCGCGCUCUUUGGGAGUGACGCAGGGAAGGCUCAGGGACAGCAGACAGAGUCUCUCUGUUUAGACAGCUCGUGGUGCCUUUUAGGUUUUCCAAAGAACCUAUUCAGGGCUCAGAGCAUUGGGUUUCUCUUCCCUUUGCCCCCAGACAAAUAAUUAGAAACUUUAUAAGGAGAAGAAAAAGAAUUAGAUGAAUCAGAAUACCAGCUGUGAGGCAGCAUGGUUGCUAGAAACUCAAGAAAAGGCCACAAUAGGUAACAUAAUUUCCUUGAGAAGUUGGAGGCACCGGGGGCUGAAGGCAGUUUUCCUAGCUGAGGGGCUCAGGUCUCCUGACCCCAGAGGGCCCUGAGGACGGCUUGGGGCUCACCUAUUGGCUCACCUAUUUUGCAAGACCUCUGCACCUGCCCUCCUGGGUGCAGCCUGGCAUAUUCACUAGCCAUCUGGACCCUUGGAAAGAUUGUCGCUCAAACACCUACUCUUUUCCCAGAUAUUCCUCUGGCUCCUUACUGAGCAAUUUCUAAUUCUGUGUCUUGUGGUUCCCACGCGACUAUCCCACCAGCCUAGGCGUUUUCAUUAGAAUUCGGCCUGUAGUAAUCACGAUGCUGGAAACUGACAGAAUAUUUGGCCUCAAAUACACCUACUUUAAAAUGAAGGUCCUGGAAGGUCCCCUUGGUCGGGGUGUGGUCAUGGAAUACGUCCAGGUUUGCCUUAGGGCACCCUCUCCCCAUUGUCUGCCCUGGUCCAAUUCCCUCUCCAUCACCAGGAAGAGAUCAAAAUGCUUCCCUGCCAGGUGUCAGUGGCUGUGUAUUUGCUCUUCCCAAGGGCAUCUGUGUUUUAUUUAGGAUAAGGCGUUACAUUCAAGGAAAAUCUGGUGGCAGGAUCAGGAGACAUCAGCUCUCAUUCAGGUCUGGGAGAUAAUCUUGAGGCAUUGCUCUUCUGAGCACCUGCAGAGGCUUCCUCAGGUGGGCGUGGGAGCCCCGCAGGGAAGCCUGCCCAGCCCUCCACAUGCACGUGAAUUCUGUAAAGCCGUGGGUGCCCAUCUGUUUGGACCACACGUGCCUGUCAGCAAAAACCUUGUGAGAUGCAUCCCCCCCGUAUGUUUAUUAAUUUAAAGUAUAUAUUCAUAUACUUCUGUACUAAAACAUUAGGCACAUUUUUUAAAGCGUACAACAUAGAAAUUUUUAAAGAGUAAGAUACAGAAUAUUAUAGACAGAGGUUCUGGUAUUUUCACUCUGAAGCCCUGAGGGUUUGGUUGCCCCCUAUAUGUGCACAGCCACUUUGGAUACCAACCACCAUUUCAAGAGCAAAUCCUCACCUUGAUGGCAUCCAUCCCAAACUACUGUGCUGGUACUUGGCCUGAAGAAUAGGAAGGUCUUAAAGCAAAACCCCCAGGAGAUUCUAAUCUGGGAGACAGGGCAAGCAAACUCUCAAAUAGCAUAAACUUAAACAAUUCAAAACCCCAUCCGACAGGAGAGCGGACUCCCUAGGCAGUAGUGGCUGUAGGUGCUAAGAAAAGAUCAGGUACACUGUACAGAGCCAUGGGGUUGCUCAUAUUCCCUCUCUGGGUCUCCAGAAAAGGACAUUUGGCAAUAUCCCCAGCUCUCUCAUGAUUGGAAUUCUUUGAACCCUCAAAGCUCUUCAGUAGUACUAUUAUUCCCCACAGCACCAGUGGGUCCACGUCGCUUGAAUAUUAUUUUUGAUUUGACCACCAAGAUAUGAUGAUGAUUCUGUUUCAUUUGAAAAGGGUCUGAGGAAGUAUACAGGUCUAAUUAUAUAUAUACAUAUUUAUACAUGUGUAUUUUUGUUUAUUGUUACAUUUUGACAUUGGACUUUCUAUUAAAUAAUUUUUAACAGAU